UAUGAAGAGGCAUCAUCUUCCCCUUGCAGUCCAGUUGUGCGUGGAUUGAGUACCUUGGGCUUGCUGGUCACCUUCAUCACCGUGUGUGUGUUCAGCAUGUUGGGCAACAGCGUAGUCGUCUAUGUGGUUUGUUAUAUGAAAAAACGCAGAGCCAGCACAGACAUCUACCUGAUGCACUUGGCACUGGCGGACCUACUCUUCUCAAUCACCCUCCCGUUCUGGGCUGUCAGUCAUCAUUCUGGUUGGAUCUUUGGCAACUUCCUGUGCAAGCUCAUGUCAGGCCUUCAGGAGGCAUCAUUCUAUAGCGGUGUGUUCCUACUGGCUUGCAUCAGUGUGGACCGCUACAUCGCCAUUGUGAAAGCUACACGGUUCUUCUCUUCUCGCAGGCACCUGGUCGGCCUGAUGUGCGGUGGGGUGUGGCUGGCGGCUGGUGUGCUCUCCUUACCUGUGGCAGUUAAGAGGGAGAUCAUGCAGCCUGAAGACCUGAGAGGCGAGAUCAUUUGUUAUGAAAACCUCACAGGUGAAAGCGGCGACCACUGGCGAGUCAGUGUGCGCGUUCUGCGCCACACAAUAGGCUUCUUCUUGCCACUCAUAGUGAUGUUCUUCUGCUAUGGCAGCACCGUGCUGACGCUGUUUCACUCACGUAACCAACAAAAGCACAAGGCCAUGCGCGUCAUCCUGGCCGUGGUGAUCGCGUUUGUUCUGUGCUGGCUGCCUCACAACAUUACCGUACUGAUAGACACGCUCAUGCGAGGCGGCUCGCUCGGGUUUGAAACAUGUGAAGUGCGGAACACGGUGGACUUGGCCUUACAUGCGACUGAGGUGAUGGCCUUCAUGCACUGCGCGGUGAACCCGGUGCUGUACGCCUUCAUCGGACACAAGUUCCGUAACCAGCUGCUCUCCUCUUUGCACAAACACGGCGUCAUCAGCAAAAGGAUCCAGCUGGCCUACAGGAAGGGCUCAGCCACCAGCUCAGGAAGCCUCAAGUCUAGGAACACAUCUGUUUCACUGUAAAGUGAAACAAGUGUUCGGAUUAUGAAGUCUUGUGUUGGGCCCCAAAUUUAAUGUUUCGAAGAACAAAAGAAAAUCUAAGAAAACUUCAUUAUGUGGCCUUAGGCUAAGCUGUUCAAAAUCUGAAUAAUGAUCUGUAGAAUAUCAUAACACCAUAUCUGCUACUCCAUAACAGAUAUGGCGUUAUACGGUGUUGCAUGAAGUGAAAUAUUUGAGCAUUGUUUAUAUACAGUUUUCAAAGUCUGCCUGUUUCAUCGUGAAAAGGAAGUCCUCUUCGGCUUUCCAAAAGGCGCUUGUUGUUGUUUGUUGUUGUUUUUGAGCCGAGGGAUGAAUGACUUAGUGAAUUAUGACAAAAUAAAUCAUGAAUUCAUUUGCAAAGCUACAAGUCAGUGGAAGGGAGAAUGUGUUUUUGAAGCAGGGGCGUCUUAUUAUGGAACUUGUUUUUAGUGUGUUAAGUAGUUUUUCUGGGUCAUAAUGAAGCUUUUUAAUAACGCUUACUUCUAAUUCUUUGCUAAUUUUGCAAUUUUUAAUAUACUGUAAUAUUGUAAGAAUAUUGUAAGCCUAAGGUCUUCACUUGAUAAGGUUUCUUUUUUUUCUUCUUUUUCUUGUGGUGACACAGUAGGAAAAAACAGCGCUUCGACCUUUAACAAAUAGGAGGAAGUGGUAACGCCGUACUCCAAAACAAUGAUCUCUGCAGUCUCUUUUGCAAAUGCUUAUCA